AUGGAGUCUUCAACAGGAACAAAAACAUCAGGUCUCCGAUCCGAGAUCCUUUCCAGGCCCGACUUCGAAGAUCGCCCGGCUCUGAACGCCGCCUUAACAAAUCUAGUGAACGAAACAUUCAGUCAAGUCAAAGCCGCGGAUCCUAGCCUAUGGGAGCCGUCUCAAAUACGUCCUCGUUUUCCAGACUCUUCCAGCUUAACCACCAUGCUCGGGCGGGCUGGAAUGUGUGCCGUGAUCUUCGACUCUGUCAAUGGGACAGACAUACCUGUCGCCACAGCAAGCGUCAUCCCAAGCGACAACGCUGAGCUCAUUGGAUCGUACUGGGACGAUGGGAACUUACCCAUCGAGUUCGAACUCCUUGCAGUAGUCUCGCAUCCAUCGCCGACGUAUCGCAGGCGAGGGCUAGCAAGCCGUUGUUGCAAGAUGCUUGAAGACUGCGUUUCGGCACUCCUCCAAGCCAGCUUUUCCGGCACUGAUCCUAGCAAAUCAGCAGCACGACCAAGCAAGAGUUGGCGACUAAGGCUCCACACCGUUGAAGAAGAAUCGGUCGAGUACUGGCGGCGCCGGGGCUUCCAAGAGACCGGGCGGCACCCCUUACCCAUCGGCACGUGGGGCUGCAAGAAGGAGCGCACUAUAACGAGCAUGAUGCGAGACAUUCCAUUGGUCCCGGACUACACCGGAGUCUCGAUACUAAACGAGGUUGAGUUUUCGAGGUACCAGGUGUCAUUGCAGCCGUAUCUUAUCAACCAGGCCUUGACUGAGCAAGCAGCGAGUAUUGCACGGCGACGUGAAGAGGGGCGGCCGGAGCCUGUAUCCCGGAAAGGGCCUGAUAGCGCGAGGAACGAAGAUCUGGCAAGUGCAUCGAUACUUGACGAGCUGCGGGAAAGCUGUCGGGAGCUGCUAAAACCGGGCGUGCCUUAA